CGCCCACCAGGAAAUCACAGGUUAGUGAGUGCAAUGCGGAAUGAAAAUGUCCUUCCAAAACAGGAGAAAGCAACGAAAAUGAAGAACUCGGCAACGCUGCGACGUGGAAUCGAAAGCUCAGAGUCCUGCUGAUCUGCGGAGCUGAACUCCUGCUCCAGCUGUUCCAGGAUCUGUGUGGAGCGACUCGGAUGUGAAAGCAUCUGCAGGAGGGAGGGGCGGAGCUGAGAUGUCAAUCAGAAGCGUUGAGGGCGUGUCCAUCAUGCAGGCCUUAGCCAUGACCGUGGCUGAGAUACCUGUGUUCCUGUAUUCCACCUUUGGACAGUCUAUAUUCUCUCAGCUGAAGUUGAGCCCUAGUCUGAAGAAGGUGCUGUUUGCCACGGCUCUGGGCAGCGUGGCUCUGGCACUGACCGCGCAUCAGUUGAAGAGACGGGGCAGGAAGAGGAAGCAGGUAGUCAGUAAAGAAGCUCAGAAACCUGUGGGCGUCCCAGAACAGCUGCUCCGAACCAGUCGGCCAGCCUCGCUCAAGAGAGGGCCGGUUCCAGGGCGUCAGAUGAUGAGUCCCAGCACCCGCAGUAAUGACACUCUCAGCGGCGUCUCGUCUCUCGCGCAGAGCAAACACUCGAGCUCUUCACACAGCAUCGCCUCUAUGCGAGUCCCCUCCUCUCCCAACCAAUCAGUGAACACUGGGAUGCCGUGGGAGGCGGAGCCAGUGGCAGAGGAGCCGGGAGUCGGGGAGGAUGCCAACGCUGAGAACCUCUAUCUCAUAGGGAUGGAGCUGUUUGAGGAAGCCCUGCGCAAAUGGGAGCUGGCUUUAAACAUCAGACACAGAGCUCAUUCUUGUGCAUCUGGAUCACACAGUCUCGGCCCGCAGGGGUCAGAACUCGUGGAGCGUCAUUCGCCUGAGCUUCAUCAUCAUCAGUUUGCGAAGAAGCUUGAGUCUCUGCUGCACCGAGCGUAUCACCUACAGGAAGACUUCGGCAGCACCAUCCCGCCCGAAAGCCUCCUGGCUGACCUGGAGAGUGAAGCAACGCUGAUCCUGCCCACACUAGGGAGUUCCCAUCGCACCCGAGACGACGAUGCCUUAACAGUCACGUCAGACGACUCGUUUUUCUCUGCUGCUGAGUUGUUUGAGACGUUCUCUCUAGAGGACACGUAUCAUCCUCUGAAGCCGGCAGCGCUGUAUGAAGAAGCCCUGAGUUUAGUGAAGGAUGAAGGCGUGGCCUGCAGAUCACUGAGAACUGAACUUCUGGAGUGUUACAGCGAUGAGGACUUCCUCGCCAAACUGCACUGCGUCCGCCAGGCCUUCCAGGUGCUGCUGCUGGAUGAGACGCACAGGAUGUUCUUCAUGGAUACAGGGAAGCAGAUAAUAUCGGGACUUCUGGCCAAAGCCAACAAGAGUCCGAAGGCGUUUCUGGAGAGUUAUGAUGACAUGCUGCAGUACACACAGAGAGAGGAGACGAGGCCCGUUACCAAGAUGGAGCUGGAAGGACGAGGGGUGGUCUGUAUGAACUUCUUUGACAUUGUGCUGGACUUUAUCCUCAUGGAUGCGUUUGAAGAUCUGGAAAGUCCUCCGUCUUCAGUGGUGGCCGUUCUAAGAAACCGAUGGCUCUCGGACAGUUUCAAAGAGACGGCAUUGGCUACAGCCUGUUGGUCUGUGCUAAAAGCCAAAAGGAGAUUGCUAAUGGUUCCUGACGGUUUUAUUGCCCAUUUCUAUGCCAUCUCUGAACACGUGAGUCCAGUUCUGGCUUUCGGGUUUCUGGGCCCCCGGCAGCACCUCAGUGAGGUGUGCACCAUAUUCAAGCAACAGAUUGUUCAGUAUCUGAAGGACAUGUUUGACCACGAUAAGGUGCGUUUCACGUCCGUCUCGUCUCUGGCCGAAGACAUCCUCAGUCUGUCCCACAGACGAGCGGACAUCCUGGUGGGUUACCUGGGCAUUGGCAGUCAACCUGAGACCAAUGGAGCUUUACCCGAGAGCCCCUGCCAAGCCAACAGCGGACAGCAGGACUGAGGUGCACAAUCCUAAUCUAACCUGCUAGUUUUAAACGAGACCAGACACCAGGUCUCACUUAGCUAUUCGUCACGGUCGACCAAUCAACGGGACUAUAAAGUACAUUCAUAUAAAAGAUUGAUUAUUCAGACAGAUAAACCACUACAGACUCACCUGAGGUCAACCGAGGCCUUUUCUUGAUCUGCUUCUGCAAAUUUGCCACCGAAUAUCCAGUGCUGCUAUUUAGACCCCUACAUUUAAACAACCCCCCCCCCCAAGAACCCAAGAAGGAACUGAAUGAAACCAUCUUUUAGCCAAACAUGCAGCCUGGUGUUGAGUUGCAGCUCUUCUGAAUCAAACCCACACCGUAUCGAUGAUGCCUCCUACGUCGAAAUGCUAGGUUUUGUUUGUUCUACGGAUUUUCGUGUGUGAAUGCGUGUCGUUGAGCGCUUGUGUUUGUGCCAAUGGCCAAAUAACGUCUUGCACUGAAUCUUGGGUAGCACUGAACACAAUCAAGAGAGAGAAUCGAGACAGAUUUGUGAACUUCAGUGUAAAUCUCUCAGCACAUUUUGCCAGUUUGAGAGCGUUUCGAAGAGAGACUCGCACAGGAAGUGCAUCAUUCAAGAGUAAAACAGGAUGUCGUGGUCUGGAUCACACUAGCUGAGCUCAGUUGUGUCCUUUGUUCUCACCCUCACAAUAUAUUAGUCCCAGUGUUCAUCAGAGCGAUAUUUAAUAAGACAUGUAGGCCUGUUGGUUUGUUAUAUUUUCUGUCAUCAUACUUCAUCCUUGAUUUAUAUACCUUGUUUUUGUCCUUCAUCGAUAUUCAGGACUAAAAUAGCCAAUCUACUAUUCUAUUAUAUAGAUAUUCAUUAUGUAUUAUAAAUUUAAUACAGCAGCAGUGGUAUUGGGUCAAAUAGGUCACAAUUGUAGCGCACAGUUAGGUGAGUAGGAAUGAUCAAUGCUAAUUUCAUAUAUGUGCUUCGACUUGUUAGUUCAGUCCUUCAAGCUGUGGUUGUUAAACUCAACAUCUGUGCCAUUGUGAUCAUUUUGACGCCGCCUUGAUUUUGUGAAAACAACAAUAAGAUGCAUAUUUCGUUACACUUGAAGUCUAUGGGGAAAAUUGCCUCAUAGAUUCAAUUAAAGUGGAUCUUUUUGUUUGUUUUUGAGUUAUUUGUUCUAUACAAUAUUGUAAUAUAGUAUACAUUUCUUCUGUGGCAGUGGCACAGAUGCUGUUGAUAGAGUUUAAAUUGUAUUCAACCCAUGAGAAAAAAUUCAAAACAAACAACCAAACAGCAUCUUGCAGGUUUUUGAUUGGCUUAAACAUAUAGUCAUAUAGUCAUGACCUACAAAAACAUAUAUUAGCGAGCAAAACCAGCUAAUAAAUGCGCUACAACUUUUAGAAACAAUUCUGGUCAUUUUAAACUGAAUAUGCAUGAAAUGUCUACAACAAUCCUCAAAAUCGCUGAGCCUUUACAAAACUUGACCAUGUUCCUUAAUUGUGCACAGGAGGCAUUUGUGAAAUUAGGUGUUAGGAUCAUUAUAGUGUUUCUUUCCUCCUCAUAUUGACUAUUUAAAGUGUCUUGCACUUUAUUUGUUCAAAAUAUAUAAACAGAUGCUCAUUUUCUCUAUUUUGAUCAAAAUAAUAAUAGAGUUGUUAACUAGCUUAAAUGUAGUGCAUUUGUAAUUUUUUUCUGUUUAAUUACAUUUAAAAAAAAUUUGGACAGAUGUGUAAUUUAUAUGAAAACUGAAAUGUAUAGGUAUUUAAAAUAUCAACAUUGAGGGGUUAUGAGUGAUUGGUUGUGCCUCUGUUAUUAUCUAAUAUUAUAUAUGAUUUUUGCCUUUAUUAAAUGUGCUUUAAAUACACAAGUGCACACACACUUUAGACACACAUUAGAUCUCUGCCCUGCUUAAAAUUAAAAUCAUAACCAGAACUAUCUGCACCAACUUGGAUGCAAAGAUAUAAUUCUUAAUAAUAACUUAUAAUGAUAACUUUAUUUGCCUGAUUAUUAUUGUUAAUUGAAUAACCAAGAUUGUGCUCCUCAAAUUUCAUCAUAAAUUGGGUUUAUUCCUAUUUAAUUUUAUUUUCAGUGUUCAAAUGUGAAUUUGUAGAAAUGUCUGAUGGAGAUAUGCAUGCAACUUGCAUUAGCGCAACAAGACCAGACUGAAGGUAUAAGUGAGAAAUGUUUGAUUGCUUUGGUAUCAUUCCAAUGUGUUUUAAUGAUUAAACUUAUCCCGACACACUGUUUAAUCUGCAUGAGUUUGGGUGAAGACAUCAUGAAAUAAUGUUUCGACUUCUGCUGCUAUUCCCCUUUGUUUUUUAGUUGUUAAAGCUCUGACACAAUCACUCAUUGUGUCCGUGUCCCAUUUUUGAAUCACGUUGGUCCAUCUGAAGAUUUUUGAUUUUGAUGUGAUUAUUAAAGAUUCACCAGUGUGCUAAAAGAGUGAUAGUAACAGAUGCUCUGAUUUUUAUAUGAACGACUGAUUCAAAACAAAGCACCAAAUUGAAGACAAACGAAGGUGAGGUCUGUAUGAAUUGGGGGUUGUUAUUUCAAGUCACAGCUGCUGUAUUUUACACCCAGAUAAUUCAUUAAACAAUAAAGGUUUAUAUCAAAUGUUUUCAGUAGAAUUGGGUGUCUAACGAUGGCCAAAGAAGAUGAACUGGGGUGGUGGAAAGCAACUCAAGUCUUUAUUUCCUUAAUAUUUACUUGGUGUUUGUGUUCUUCACUUGCCUUUGUGUGUUUUUUUUUUCCUUGAAUGUACUUACAAAUGAAUGUCAUUGUAUUAGUUAUUAUUGAAAACUGUAUUGUCAUUUUGCCUUCCCUAGCCAACAUAAA